ACAUUGUGUGCAUGGUUGAAAGGGACUGCUACAUAAAAAGUUGCAAGGGAGUAACUUGGAAGUAAGCCGAGUAAUUGGCAUGGAAACAAGGGCUGCAGAGGAGGGCUUUAAGAAUGUUUUUAAAUAUAGAACCUUAAAGUAAUCGUAUUAUUUAGCAUUGAUUGGCCGAGAUUGAUUUCUUUUGACUUACUGAGAGAGUGUCCAGUUAAUUUACUUCUCUGCAGUUGAAAAUUGCAAGAUACACAGAAAGCAAACGGAAGGAUGAAUUUACCCCUUUCACUCAAAAUUGACCCAUUAACUGACAAAACAAUUGCAUUCAGAGUAGUUUUAAAUUUGAUUUUAUACUGAGGCUCCUACAUGUGAUACUUGUUUCCCUUGUUGCACUGCAAUGUCUAUACUGAGUUUUUAAUUGCAGUAAAUUGGUGUUGCUCUUUUGUAAACCAAACAAAUUUUCAUAUAAAAGUUAUAACCAGUGUUUUGUUUAAGAAAAUGGUGUUAUUAGAAUGUGUGAACAGAAAUUAUUUACAUACUUCAAAUUGAAUUAAAGCUUAUUAUGUUUAUAAAUUUGAACCAUGUACAUAGUAUUAGACAUUUCUAGAAGAAAAUAUGAAUAAAGCAUAGCAUGCUACUCAGAUCAAAAGGCAAACCAGCAUAAGCAUGUAAAAAAUAAGAAUCCCUUUAAAAAAAUGAAUACUUUCAUAAAGGAUUGAUGUUCCAAGGGACAGAUGCCUUGAUCAUCUUUUUAAGUUGUCAUGAUUGUUGAAAGAGAAAAUCUGAUUACAAUUUUUAUUUUCUUCUAAAUAUUUUAUAGUAUUAUUUACUUUACUCUGAUCAUAGGUUAUAUUACCAGCAUGUCGAGGACACUUUGUAUAAAAAGUUAUUUGCAUGUAAGAGAUACCUUAUUUAUGACAUAAGCAGUGUCACUUCUCUCAAUUUGAAGACAUAGAAAUAUGGCUGUAUACUUCAAACAGCUGUAAAUAGGCCUUAUAUCACCACAACUCCUUAGACAAACUGGGUAUUGUGCAUUAAAUUUUCAGUCUGUUGAGAGUGGUUGGGUGAUCUUAGGCACAGCUUUCCAGAAAUAUUUUUAGAAAUAAGAGUUUCCUUAUUCAAGCAUUGUAAUGGUUAAAUUAAGCAACUGCACACCUUAGUUACUAAUGAUUUGUGAUAAAUUUGUUCUAGAUUAUUUGCAUUGAAUAGCUCAUAGUAUAGUUAAAGGAUAGAAGUAAUCUGCUUUUGAAGACAUAGGAGUCAUAUAUAUGAAUAUAACCCAAGUGGUCCAGAGUAUUUUCCUACAAGUUAGGAACAAACCCAGCCUACAUGAUGGACAUUUUCCAAUAGGGAGAGACUGCUUGAUUCCAGACAUUGGGCGGCAGCGCAGGAGUCCCAAGGACGCAGCUAGCCUGAUGCUUAGCUGUGUGCACCCAAACCUUUUUGUUCUCUUCAAGAAACUGUUUGGCGCAGCCCCUGCUGGUGACUCCGAGUCCGAAGCAGACAUGUACAACAACUUUGGUCCCCAGUGGCCCUUCGUCAGACAGAGACAUCCAGCCAGUGCUCAGGGCCUCGAUCAGAAAGUGCGGGCUGAGAGGAUAACGAUUGAAGGAGAUGUGCUUAGCUACAGUGAAGAGGAGGAGGAGGAAAGAGUUGGUGUUUAUGUUGGAGAGAUGCCAGUGUCCGCAGAUCGUUGUUAUUUUGAAAUAGAGAUAUUGGACAUGGGUGUGCAAGGCGCCAUAUCAAUAGGUCUUUGUUCUGCAAAAUACCCACUACACAAGCUGCCUGGUUGGGCUGCUGACAGUGUUGGAUAUCAUGCAGAUGAUGGAAGAUUAUACAAAGCCCGUCCUAGAGGAGUUGUAUUUGGCCCAAGAUGUGGGGCUGGUGAUCGCAUGGGUUGUGGAAUAAAAUUUGAACAGAUCUCACCUGAAAAUGAUCCAUCGUCAGUACCAGUUUUCUUCACAAAAAAUGGGAAAGAGGUUGGAUCUGUAAUGGUAAGAGUUCCCCCUGGUGGACUGUACCCUUGUGUAGGUUUGGCAGCAGCUGGUGAUGCUGUCAGACUGUCUCCUCAACUCCUUUGGCCUCCCGAUGAAGACACUCACAUGUCAGUAGAUUCUAUGGAAGAGGAAUGGCUAAGACUGCACGACAUUCGACUAAAUGGACAGCAGAUGCUGGAGUACUGUGGCCGAGGUAAGAGCCUGGUUGAUGUUGGCCUUGCUCAAGCCCGUACACCAUUAAACACAACUUCGCAUUAUUUUGAAAUGGAAAUAGUUGAUCCAGGGCGGUCUGGUUACAUUACCAUCGGAUUGACGAAAAAGGAGUACCCCAAAAAUAGACACCCAGGCUGGAAUAGAGGGAGUAUUGCUUACCACGCUGAUGACGGAAGAGUGUUUGCAGGCAGUACGGUGGGCUCCCUGUUUGGGCCAAGAUGUCAAAAAGGCGAUGUCAUGGGGUGUGGCAUCAUAUUUCCCAGAGAUUAUGUUUGCAACUAUGACAGUGAAGGAGGGAGCAUGGAAGAAGAAAGCCCAGAACCUUUGGAAUGCGAGGACUUGCUGGAACAUCUAUUACAGUAUCCCCAGCCUGGCUUGCCCCCAGAUUUCUCACCGCAGUAUCCACGUCUCCACCAGCACCAGCACCACAACCACAUACUCACCACCGAUUCCGAGGAGGAUGAGGAUGACGAGGAUGAGGAGGAAGAAGAGGAGGAGGACGACUCACUUGAGCCGUCACGGCAUCAUCCAGUCGGAGGAAAAGUGCAGGUGUUUUUCACAAGGAAUGGCCAGAUGAUUGGCAGGCGAGAGGUAGCUCUCCCCAAAGGAGGGUUUUUCCCCAGCAUCAGUAUGGGAAGUUUGGACGAGCGUGUGAGAGUUGACCUGCGACCAUUGACUGGCUAGUACAUGAAUUGCAUUGCAACACGCAUCUUUCUAUCUUAGAACUUUAUUGAUGCAGAGUAACAUAUAUGGGUGGCAAACUACAUUUUCUAUUUAUUGUACUACUUUAUAACUCUGAAUAUGAUUUACAUAAAUGACAGGAAAAAAAAAGAAAAAAAAAUCCAGCCUUACAUUAAACUUCAUUUCUUGUAAUGUGUCCUAUAUUGCAUCUUUACUCACACAUAUAUGUAAACAAUAAUAAGAAUAUGGAGAGAGAGAAAAAUGCUUAUUCUUAUAAGUUCAGGGUCACUUAAGUGUACUGACAAUAAACCCCAAUAUUUUCUAUUCUUCUCUUUGUGUUGCUUUUACUUAGUAGAAACUCUUACUGUAGGCCUUUAUGUAGAACUUUAGAACUGAAAUAGUGAGAGAGAAGCUAGACCAUCUCUCUGCAUAACGGGUGUACAAUAUUUUUAUUCUGUUACCUUUUUUAUGAAUGCAGUGGUAAAAGAUCUGUAUAGGAGAGAAUGACACAAUUUUCAUGGGAUGAAAAGAUCAAAGAUAUUGUGUUGGUUUAUUGCUGAUGUAAACUCACUGCACAAAACUGAAAUGCAUGUGUAUGUGUGUAUGUAGAAAUCACUUUGAAACCAUUCAUUCGGAGGAAAGUCUGUUCUCCGGUAAUUUUCAUGCUCUUUUUCAAUAUGGCUUUAAGGACAUUGCCAUGCAAGUAUGGAAGUUUUUUUAGGGAUGAUUCUGUAUUUUUGCCCUUUUAAAUUAGUUUGUUUCUGUUUGGAUGAACUUUGUUAAAUACAUUAUGCCAGCAGUAUCUUCUAUUUGUGCACUGUUGUGCCUUAGGUUAAGAAAAGUGCAUGUAGAAGACUUUUUUCUUUUUAAAUAUAAGUUUUAUUUAUACAGACUGUAUUGAUUCAGGAAUAUGGUUUUGAAUUUUGCAUCCUCAUGUUCUGUUUUGUUCAAACUGUCAUAUCCAUCACUUUCACACAGUGAAUAGUCAUAAAUGUUAAUAGGUGAUGCAGCAGAAUUUUUGUUUGUGUUUGAGAUUAACUGGGCAAUUUACAGAGGGGCUGUAGGUAGUAACAUGCAGUGGUAAAGGAAUUUUGUAAUUUGUACUUCGGGAUAUUUCUUGCUUGACAGUUGUAACAUGGAUUAAGUAGCACAAGGCACUGCCUGCUCUAUAGAUAUGGUGACAGUGAGGUAAAGACUUGGUAGGAUAAUAGUUAUUGCAAAAUGAAUUUGGCUUUGAAUAGCAUAUGAUUACUUGCUCUCUACACAGCUGCUUGCUUUGUUGCUGCCUAUGUUGUAGUCAUCUACAGGAGGCAAACACAGGAUAUGAGCAAGUUUGCAUAUUUGAUCUUCACAUGGUAUAAGAUAGCACAUUUACUGUAAGAAUAGCAUUGAAUUAUUGCUCAGACAGUAAUUCAUAUUUGAUAAUGCAACAUGUUAAUGAUAGAUAUAGCAAGGAAGAAACUAGUAAACUCUCAAGAAUAGAAAAAAAUGUGUAUAUACACAGUAGAUAUGCUGUUCUCUAUAGAGUGGAAUAUGAAGACAUGUAAUUUUCCUCUUUAAAACACUGGUAACUGUAGGAUAUCUUCACCAGAUAAGGACAGGAAACAUACAUUCUCUUUCUUUUGUCUUCAUUAAGACACAAAUUUUGCAAAAGCAUGAUAAAGUUUCCAUAGAAUAGCAGUAAGAGUUCAGACAGAAGACAAGUCAAUCAAAAGGCAGAGAUAGGUAUUCCAUAUUCAUCACAGCAAGCACUAAAAUGUAAUCAUAGAAAGCGAAGGAAGAAACUUAAGUUAGCCCACUGCUGAUGUGCUAUCACAUCAUAUUGAAUAAUCACAGGCGUCAGGUGAUGUCUCACAGUGUCAUGAGCAUAUGACUCAAUUGCCAAGAUAAAAUCUUGCUUGCCCAACCACAAGCUGGCCAGUUACCCAGGCACAGCAUAUGGCAUACUCUAAUGUAUGUCUGGCCUUGCUGGACGUUACAGAAGAUUUUAGUUGUCAUUAAUGGGAUGAUAGUGUUGUAGCAAGGCAUAGAUGCAUAUAAUGAAUAUAGAGAUGUGAUAUAUUCAGAAUGCCUCACAAUGGCCAUGAGCCAGGUCCAGGAAGUUUAAAAUGUGCAAGAAUUUCAUUAUAGCUAGAAUUCCACAGGGAUUAUUUAUUGCAUCAGUUCUCAUUUUAGUAGAUGAUAGACAAAUAUAAGUAUUUUUUCUAUAACCAAGAUUCUUUAUGUCAGGGUAUAUCUAGUAUUUCUAGAUAUUAUAUAAUUAUAGACAACAGGUUUGAUGGAAUCCAUAAAAGACAAAAAAAUAUCUUAUUUCAGAUGAUACAAAACAGUGGAUUCCCGUAUCACAGUUACUUCACCAAUAUGAAAUAGGAAGAAUUAAUAAUACCCUCUUUAUUUAUGCUUUCUAUCUAUAAACUUUUGUUCAGGGGAAGAAAGGUUUAAAAAAUUUGUGUUGUAUUUCUGAUUUAGUUGAUUUAACUGAAGUUGUUUUGUUUCUCUUGGUUAAUAUGAAAGAAAUGAUCGAAAACAGUAAAAUUUAUAUGUAUUUUUUUUUUUUUUUUUAUGUCAUUCAAGUAAGUAUCUGUAGCAUUAUCAUAUGAGGUAUGGUUUCCAAUUGUAAUUGUUAGCUCAGUAGAGAAGAGUCCGUUCAAAGUGAAUAUUCCUCUUGUAACUGUAUCCAAAAAGGCUAUUUGUCUCACACAACAGAUUGGGUGUUUUUACUUAACAUGAAAAAGUAGUAUCCAAAGCCAAGACAGUGACAUUGCUCAAAUACUUUUCAAAUUUUGGUAGGAAAACAGUAGGUGGUGUAGAGGACAGAUUUCAUUUAUGUUCACUCAUUCAUUUUAUUUGAAUUGCAAAAGAUUUUCAGACUGUCAUUAUAAUCUCUUUUGUAAUUGUGUCAUAUUUGUGAACUGAACUGCUUAUGAGUGUUUGAAUUGGUCUUUUAUGGAUAGGCAUUUACACAUCACUAGUUUACUGAAUAGAGCAGUAUAAUAUUAUUCAGUUUUUCUGAUGAUUAGUAUUAGAACAGUUCAAAAUUAAGAUAAAUUAAUGUAUUCUUUUUAUUACAUAGAGGCAUGUGUCCCUGAAAGUGAUCUUGGAAGCUCCCUAAAGAGAAAACAGAUUUAUUAUUGAUAUAUGCUAUGAUUUGGCUUGCAUAUUUUUGUAGAUAUUCUAAUUGCAUUGUUAGAAUAAAGUUAAAUACCUUAGAUAGACGCAAGUUAUCUUUAUGUGAAAAAGAGUAUUCCACAUUGAGAUUCUGUGAUUCUGUUUCCUCUUAGCAGAUAUUUUGCCCAAACUCAGAGAAAUACCAACUGCUCCAUGACAACAUCUUCGUGUUUAGAAAUAGGAUGUAUUUUUGAUGUCAUCCAUUCCAUCCUAAGUUUGCCUUGAUGUUUUUUCCAUAUAUAGUGAUUAUUGAUUAAUGGGCUAUGAUAUAGUAGGAAUUAUUUAGAGUGGUGAUUGCAAUGCAUUUUAGAGAACCAAUAAGUUUAUUUUAUCAAUUGUAGACUUGGAGAUAUAUAUAUAUGCCAUUUGAAAAACAGUAGCUAUAUAUAGGGGUAUAUUUCCUUGUUGCUACAGUUCAACAAGAUUUGGACGUGAGAGGUGGGUGAUAUAGACAUUUCUUUUGCCCUCAGGAUGUUUAGUUUGAUAUAUAAUGUUGUCUAUGUAUGGCAAUAUAGAAGCUGCAUUUUCAUUCCAUCUUCAUGUCCAGUAUUAAUCUGGAUUUUCUCUUCUUUUUUCUUCUUUUUUUUUUCUUUCAUUAUCUUCUUCUCUGGCCUUCAUACGCAAGGAAAGAAUGAUUUACAUCAAUGGUAGAGAAUUGGAAAUAGAGUUCAUAAUCUAUUCAGCAAAAGGAAAAGCACAUACUUUACCUGUAUUCUUGACAAAUCAUCUAUAAACACAAAAAUCUUUAUCCGCAAUCCAUGUAACAGAAACUGAAAAGAUGCACCAGUGUAGCGUUAUGCCCAAGUAUAUAUCUCCAUACUCUGUUUCAUAGUUAUGGAGGUCAAAAUAUAUACACAUAUAUAUAUACACAUAUAUAUAUUUUUAAUCAUAUUGAAUAUACUGAUUCUUGUAGUCCCAUAAGAUAUUAGUCCCACUGUUGUAGCAGUUUCUGUUGAUUGUAGUUUUAAUCAAAUGAAACUAGAUUGCUGAGAGGACAGCAUUUGCUCUUUUUUGGAUAAGUAGGUCUAAAAUGUAGAAUUUAUAGCAUAGUCAUGGCGAUACAGUUGUUGAAUGUGAACCAACUUAUUUCAGGGGAAUCUGUUCAAAUUGUCCCUUUGGACCACGGAAAUGUAUUCUCAUUAUAUUGCCAUCCUUUUUAGCUUCCAUAUGCUCCACAGUCUUAAACUCUUGGCUGCUCUUCUGGAUUUUGUAUUGCAUACUAAUUGCAGUGGUCAAAAGCAAGAAAUAGAAAAUAUGUAAGGAAGUGGGUAAUUCAAUCCAAUCAUCUGUAUAAAUGUUACAGAAAUAUUGCAUAUUUUGUGCAUGAUACUUGUAUUGAUUGUAUAUGGCUGUAUCUUCAGUUUGAAAGAAUUAUAGGCAAAAAAUUUACAGUUUUUAUUGGAAAGAUUGUUUAGAUUUUACAACAGUCAACUGUUGACUAAGAAAAGGUGACAACAGUUUGUAUCAAGGAUUUAAAAAAAAAAAUUACAUAGGAAUAUCAGAAAUAAUAACCAGAGGACAAUAAUCACAGACUAAGAUUUCUAGGUUAAUUAAACAUAUUACUUUAUUUCCAGUAAAAACAGCCAUUUCCAUCAUUAUUAAAUCCUUGACACAAAGCAUGAUUCUUUGGCUAUUCAUUUUCAUGUGUGGUUCCUAAGCAUCAAAAAAUAUAUAAAUAAUAGAAAAGGUAUGCAAUAUAAAAUUAGAGUAUGCUGCUGAGAUUGAAGUACUUGUUGGAACACUUAGGUUAUUACAGACAUUCCUUUUGAAUUAUUAUAUGUAACAUUUAUGACUUUAGUUUUACAUCAUUAUUUAUAGUAAAUGUUACUACAGUGAAACCUCUCUAAAAUAUUUGCAGUAAGCCUAAUAGUUAUCAGUGUAGGUACAAGACUGCCCAGGAUCAUUCUAAUAAUUAGAUAUUGUAAUGUAUUCCUCUUAUCCAGGUGUACUAUUUUACUAGUUGUUUAUCAUUAUCUCCUUAUUUUUAUGAACAUGAUGUGGUUGUUGCAAAAUGUGAAGAGAAAAAAUAGGUUGUGGGUAACAAGUGUGGUUAGUUAGCAGGCACCUGCAUUGUAAUUUUCAUUCUCAUGAUAUUGCUGUGUGCUGUUAUUCAAAGUGGUUACAACUGCCAUAAUUUUGAUGCUGAAAAAUUGUUUUUAUAUUGUUUAGGCCAAAGAGUGCCAUCUACUGCUGCGGUAUAGAGCCCUUUUCAUAACUGAAUGAUAAACAGUACAUUGUGGCUUCAGUAUACAUAUAAACAACUGAGAGAUAUCAGCAGACUGACAAUAUUGCCAGCCUCUGCUAUUAUGCUAAUUUUUUUUUCUAUUUCUUCACCUUUACUGGUUUGAUAUUCAUCAUUCAGGUUUAAAGAAAUUAUAGAAAUGGACAUGGAAUAAGAACUUAUGAUAAAUCAGAAGUGCCCAGAUGCACUGAUACAGAAACAGAUAAUUCCAGUUAGUAUAUGACACUAAUAGUGUGGGUGUUAUAAAACAACUUUCCAGAUUAAAAACAUAGUCAUUUAUACUAAUUAAAGUACAGGGUCUGUUCAUGUAGUCUGUUGUAUUUUUUGUAAUUACGUUGAUCUAACAUGAUCCUUGAUAAGGGUAUUGGAGAAUAACAUGCAAAUCCUCCAAAGUGUUUUGUUUUUUUAGGGAGGGAAUAAUAGAUAGGAAUUAGCAAUAUUUUGUCUGCCAAAAAAAAAGCUUACAGUGUUAGGAGAAUGAAAUAAUGUCUCUCACCAGAUACCAGCCAGUUACUGUAUAUGUUACUUUAAUGAGUUAUUACCUUCAAAUUCUUUAUAGUUCAGAUAAUUUCACAUUGAAAUAUUGAACAGGACUGAAUAAAAAAAAUAAAAAUAAAAAAUUAAAAAAA